AUGUUUGUUGGCAAGGGACUGGAGGACUCCGGCAAGCGGCGAGAUACUUCCUCUAAACGAUCCCGGGUUUUGGCACCAGUUUCUCCCCAGCAUUUCUGCAACAUGACACAGCUGUUAGUCAUCAUUUGUGCCCAGCCCAGAGAGUCCAGCUCUUCAAGCUCCUCCAAAAUCAGCAUCAAGUUUAGUAAAGAUCAUGACAAGGACAGGAGCAGCCAAUACGUGGCCCAACUGAAUAAUGGCUUCAGCAAUGGCUCCCACAGCAGCUCUACCAAGUUGAAGAUACAGCUAAAACGGGAGGAAGACAGCACAGGCUUGCAUCGAGCUUACCCAGAGGAUGUCACGUUAGGGAUAGUGAAGAGAGAAGCAGGGGAUGUUCUGGAUCAUAAGGUGGGCGCUCAGGUAGACCAGAAUAUGGACGUGGAGUCGUUGUCCUCUGAUGACGAAGAAGAUGACUACUUUGAUAAUGAGGACGAUUUCAUCCCACUCCCACCAGCAAAACGCCUACGUCUUAUUGUGGGCAAAGAUUCCAUAGAUAUUGACAUUUCCUCUAGAAGAAGAGAAGACCAGUCUCUAAGACUCAAUGCAUAAGCUGUGUAAAUAUCCAUUGUUUCAAUCGUGUUAAUUUGAUCGAAAGUAAUUUAAAAGGAAAAUGCAAAUGUACAAUUAAAUCAUGGCAAAAUAUUUUUCUUUAUGUUAGUGAAGGCACUUCUUUGUUUCCUCACUAUGAAUAUAAAUAUUGUAGAAAGUGUACAGGUUAUGUAUGAAUUCUAUCCAAGUCUGAUAAUGUGCUGAUGUUUGUUAGCAUUCUGUCCAGCUUACUGUUUUAUUCCAUAAAUCUCAGCUUUGUGUGACUGUAGGAUGAUGCAAGGUGUUUAUCCCAUUAGAAAACAUAUGCAUGGUUUCACUUCAAAAGGUUGACCCUUCAUAUUGAAACAACAGUGUUCCCAUGCAUUCAAGAAUUGUGUGUCUCUCCUCUGCUUGAUCUGGCUAAAGGGAAUAUUUGAGAAAACAAUACAGAGGAGCUUUGACAAAAUACUUAAAUUUAUAAAUAUCUCACCACUUGAAGUUUUUUUUUAAUUUUUAUUAAAAUUCUUUUUUAUCAUGUGUCAGAUAUUUUGGCUAUGGAAUGCCAUGGUGCUCAUUGUGGUGGUCUGGUGCUGGUCCAUUAAGAUAUUGGACAAUUAAUUAUUAUUCUGUGAAUGUCAGACCUUUUUGUGUGACCUUGGAAGUCCAUAGAAAAGCGUGCCUAAGGGUAGAGGUCCUCAAGAAAUGGGUUGCACUGAAAUGUUAUCAAUCAGUAAUCGUUUUUUCCUGAAUCAUGGUCAUUGUGCUUUUCAGUACAUCUAAUUGACUUUGUGGUUUUGUGUGCAUUUUGUGCUCUGCCUAAAAAUGAUCAAAAAUUAAGGAAAAAAAAAAAUACCCUGAGGUAUUCAAAGCAGUUGUAUGUUUCCAUUGUUCACCCCAUUAGUAGGCAGCUGCCAUAUUAGGCUAUAUUAAUUUACUUGUUUCUAUCUUUACCUUUAUUAUAUAGUUUACAUUCUGUAGUGUCAAAGGUCUGCCGUCUAUGGGCUGAAAGAAGUUUUUAGCUUCUGAUUAUCCUAAUGAUCACAGAACUCCAAUGGUCUCAAGCUCACAAACUGACUCUAAAGAAUCAUGACAGUAACAAUGUAGGAUGUAUACAUAAUCUGGGGGCAUACUGUUCACUCUGUAUAUUCUGGGACUUGUUUUUAUUUAACUGUUUUAAGUACUUGAAAACAAUAUAAAACUCA